CCCUGGAGUCCGGGACGGACAGGGCACGCGCCCAUGUCUAUGUGUCAGCGGGACUCAGGACAGAGGCAUCCUCUUGCUGCCUUUUUUUCUUCCUUUUAUCCAAAGAAGGGGGCAGUUCUCACGCUUGCCUUCCUGUCGCCCCGUUGGGAGCGGGGUUGGUGUGCGGAGUGGUUCGUCUUUUUUUCUUUUAAACUUGACGCGUGACCAAAACCAAAGACGGCCAUGAAGUGAGAUCAUGCAAAGUAGCAGAUAAAACUGGCAGCAUCACUAUUUCCGUGUGGGAUGAAAUCAGAGGUCUUAUACAGCCAGGGGAUAUUAUUCGGUUGACCAGAGGGUAUGCAUCCAUGUGGAAAGGAUGUCUGACACUUUAUACUGGAAGGGGUGGAGAACUUCAGAAAAUUGGGGAAUUUUGUAUGGUUUAUUCAGAAUUGCCAAAUUUCAGUGAACCUAACCCAGAUUAUCGAGGACAACAGAACAAAGGGGCACACAAUGAACAGAAGAAUAAUUCCAUGAAUAAUAGUAACAAUGUGGGUACAGGUACAUUUGGACCAGUGGGAAAUGGGGUUCAGACUGGCCCAGAAGCGAGGGGAUGCCAAUUUUCAUAUGCUGGUAGAAGCAAUGGCCGGGGACCUAUAAAUCCACAGCUACCAGGAACAGCUAAUAAUCAAACAGUCAUGACCACAAUAAGUAAUGGCAGGGACCCUCGGAGAGCCUUUAAAAGAUGACCUUUGCCAAAUACUCACAUGUAGUUUUUAAACUAUAUGCCCUACUUGAACACUUAUUGCACUUUUAUUUAUUGUUAACUGUGAAAACUGUUCUUUAUCUGUUCUUUUUAUGUUUUUGGUUUGUUAACAAGAGUGGUUUGUUUUUAUAGAAGAACUAUUAAGCUGCUCGAGUCUCCUAUUGAAGAAUGGGAACACUCUGAAGAAUAGGGGCAUUUAUUUUUAGAGCAAAAAGAUCUUUGGAUAUCCUCUAAAAAACCUGCACCCAUUUCAUGGGUGAGUUACUUAUGCCAUCAGCAUUUUAGCCUCUAUGAGUCUGUCUUCUAUAUAAAUUUUGUAAUAUUUAAAAUAAGGCUUAGUGGGAGACGUUCUUUUUUCUUAAAUACAGAUAU